UUUAAAAUAAUAAUAAUUUUAGUUAAGAACUAUAUACAUGUAUUGUAUUCAGUGUACUUUACUUAGAAAACAUUUGCUAAAGUUAACACGAGAGAGUACAAUGUAAUGUAUGUAUGCAAUAACAGUAGCUUAAGAAAAGUCCAGUUAAUAUUAUUUAAGGAGGCCAUUUUUUCUUUAACUUGAUAUGUUAAAAGAUAGGUAUGGGAUGAUGAAUCUCUGGUUGGCUUGUACAUAAGGAUGACUUCAGAAACUUAUAAUUACGACAUUUAUAGCUUCAUAGAGUUUCAGAUUAUUCAGGUUGUUUUUGUACACCAGCCUCAGAAUUAUGUUGCUACAUUUUCCCAACUGGGAAAGUCUCUUGAAAAGUGCAUAAAGAUUGGAACUGUCAUCUCAACUUUUACUUGGCAGCCCUCAAACCUUGGUACCCAUUUCACGUCUUAAGUGUUAAUACGGAAGUACAAACUAGAUUUAAGAAAAGAAGAAGAGGCCAAAUUAAGUUAAUGUAAAUAUACCUAUUAGCAGAGGUUCUUAAGGAAAAGCAGAGGGCUCUAUUCAACUUAAUGUGAAGAGGAUUACAAGCAUAGCAGUGGAUUUAACAAAGUGAGGUGGUAGCAGACACCAUGGCAGCAACACGUGACCGCCGUAAUAAUGCUGGGUCAAAAAUGUCCCGCUUAUUGGAGGAAGAGGAGGAGGAUGAUUUCUACAAGACUACGUAUGGAGGAUUUAUGGAAGAGGCAGAUGACAUUGAUUAUCAAUCAGAAGUGGAACAAGAUGAUGAAGUAGAUUCUGACUUCAGCAUCGAUGAGAAUGACGAGCCAGUAUCAGACCAAGAGGAUGAUGCUAAGGGAAAGCAAAGAAAGCGAGGCAGACUUAUUACCAAAGCUUACAAGGAGCCUAAAUCUGUGCAGCGGGAAUCGACCGCAAGUAAGGUAAAUGAAAAGAAACACUCUCCCAAGAAACAAUAUGCUGUCUUUGAUUUAGCAGCCCUAGAAAAGAAGGGUAUUCGUAAAUCAACUCAGUUGAAAUCUGCUGAAACAGUGAAGCGUCAGAGGGAACGUGCUGAAGUGGAAAGGAAACGUGCAAUGAAUAAGCGAGACCGAACACCCAGCUUUCCCAGGUUGACACAGGAAGAGCUGCUGGAGGAAGCCAAGUUAACCGAGGAAGUCAACCUUAAGUCUCUUGAAAAGUAUGAGCUGGCAGAGCUUGACCGCAAGAAACCCAAAGUUAUCAGAAGGGGCUUCACAAGUUCAUUCAUCCGUUAUCAGUCAACUACUAUGCCACUGAUACAGGAACUCAAGGCACCACAGGAAGCACACCUUGAAGAACCCAACGUUGACGUGGAUGUUACUCAGGAGCAGCUGACCUCAGGUGCAGUCCCACCAUGCACAGAAAAUAAGGAAAAUACAGCACUGAUCAAGCCAGGGAGCGAUGCAGAGAUAUGUGAGCGGACUUUCAUCACCUUCUCUGAUGAGGGAACUUUUAAGCGAUCUUUUAAGAAAACCAAACCAAAGAUUGUUCAGAAAAGUAUAUGUCCUAUUACCAGGUUGCCAGCACGAUAUUUUGAUCCAGUAACGCAGUUACCUUAUGCUACACUACAAGCAUUCCGUGUGCUUCGUGAGGCUUACUACCAACAGCUUGAGGAUAAAGGAGAUCGCAACAAUAAAGAGGUGUCAAAAUGGCUUGCUUGGCGACGUGAAUACAAGAAGGUUCGGGCUUCCGCCCAGAGCAUCAAGCCCACAGUAACAACUCUACAUCAGUCUACGUCAUCUUCUCUCACCUCUGCUACUCGCACCACAACUAUACCAACUCUCACCUCAGGCCACACUUUAACGAAAGGAGUAACCUACUCCACUACUGUCCCUCUUUCAACACCCACCUCAGCUGUGACAUCUGUGGCAGCAGUAGCUCAAAUUCUUAGGUCAGCUGCCCCAGCAUCCUCAACGUUAAUUGUCAGUACAGCCACUCCUAACACCUUGCCCACCACAUCAGUUGCUGCCACAUCUCUACACCUUGGUCCUAGAACUACAGCUGCUACUGUUACCACAGCUCAAGCAGGUAGUGGACUGACCAACUUACAAGGACAAACUGUGCAACUGGUGCAAACAGUUGGUCGCAGUAUGGGGGGCACAGUGCGCCCCAGUCACCAAAUGGUGGUAAUGACCAGUGCUGGACCCACUGGAGGUCUACAGCUAGUUGGGGGUAGUGGCGGUGCCAAUCUUCUGGUUCAGGGUGGUGCAGGUGGCACACAGAACCUGUUAGUCCAAGGUGGAACAUCUGGCAGUGUAGGCAACCUUCAAAUUGUGCAAGCCAGUGGGGGCAGUGGUGUACAGGUUGUGCAAGCUAGUGGAGGCGGAAAUGUUCAGGUGGUCCAGGGUGGUCGCUUCACCAUACGUCCCAUGGCUAGUCAAGCAUUCACCAACCUACAGUCUCUUCUGAAAUAGCUGUAAGAAGUUAAGGCUGCUGUCCAGGUUCUAGCUGCUCUUUAAUAUUUUGAAGUGCUGUAACAAUGCUGCUUUGUAAUUCCUCAGUAAGCUUUGGCAUGUAUUUUAUCAGAAAUAAGACAUGCUGCCCAGCUUGCUUCUUUGCAAAUACGGCCCUCCUCACUUAGUGAUGUCCUUGUUUACCAACAACUCAGACUAGUAACCAUACCUAAGUAAUGUAUAUUAGAGCUGAUUUUGUCUAUUCUGUUUAUUUCAAUAUACAGUGCACUACUGUAUAAACAUUUAAAAAUAUACCAGGAAUAUUAUAAAUGGUACAAAGGUGAUAUUACAACAGUAUCAAAUAGUUGAGUGAGGAGAGGCUUUAAUGGAAAUGUUGACAUAGCCAAGAUAUACCUUACUUAGUAAAUAUUGUUAGGAAAAAAUAGAGCCAAUCAGUAUACUUUUAUGCAAUAACAUUGAGAUACAUAUAAAAAACUUUAUGUAAUAUAAAAACUAUGAAAUUAUCAUAUACUGUAAAUCUGUUAAGGCAUUUAUUGUGUAGUGCCCAAGAUUUUAUUUAUGGUGCAUAAAUAUGAUCUUUUGGAAAACUGUUCUUCAGUAUGUCAGUGGAGUAAUACAUUCAUAGCAUUCAGACACUGAACAAUUACAAAUCUUAAUGUGCACAUAAUAACUUGUGCACAAUUUAUUUUGUGUACCCAGCAUCUCAGAACUCUUAAGAUACUAAUGAAUGGGUGCUUGUUUUCUCAUCCAGACAUGUUUUUUUUUUUAUUUACAAGUGCCAGUAAAAGAUGGUGUCUUUUAUUUUUAUGAAAGCUGUUAGUCUUAAAAGGAUGUUCUCUUGAAAAGUUAUAUGUAUUAUUUUUCAAUUGAAUUUCAUUUGUCUUUAUGGAUUAUUAUUUUUAAUUUAUUUCAUGGAAGAAUAUAGUGAGGGCUUGGACUUCCAGCAAGCGUGUGUGAGCUUGUUAGAUAGGAGUGAAUGGAGACAAAUGGUUUUUUGGGACCUGACGAGCUGUUGGAGUGUGAGCAGGGUAAUAUUUUGUGAAGGGAUUCAGGGCAACUGGUUAGCUCUCGAGUCCUGGAAAUGGGAAGUACAAUGCCUGCACUGUAAAGGAGGGGUUUGGGAUAUUAGCAGUUUGGAGGGACUUCUAAACUGUUGUAUCUGAUUGCCUCUGCAAAGACAGUGAUGAUGUAUGGGUGAUGGUGAAAGUGUUGAAUGAUGAUGAAAGUAUUUUUCUUUCUUUUUGGGUCACCCUGCCUCGGUGGGAAAUGGCCAAUGUGUUGUAAAAAAAAAAAAAAGUAUUUUCACUGACAUGGGCGUUACUUUGCUUUAAUUGUUUUUUAUUAACACAUCAGCCGUCUCCAACCAAGGCAGGGUGGCCCGAAAAAGUAAAACUUCAUCAUCAUUCACUCCAUCACUGUCUUGCCAGAGCUGUGCUUACACUAGGGUUAUAAAACUGCAACAUUAACACCCCUCCUUCAGAGUGCAGGCAUUGUACUUCCCAUCUCCAGGACUCAAGUCCGGUCUGCCAGUUUCCCUGAAUCUCUUUAUAAAUGUUACCUUGCUCACACACCAACAGCACGUCAAGUUCUAGAAACCAUUUGUCUCCAUUUGCUCCUAUCUAACAUGCUCAUGCAUGCUUGCUGGAAGUCCAACCCCUUGCACACAAAACCUCCUUUAUCCCCUCCCUCAAACCUUUCCUAGACCGACCUUUCCACUGCAGAUUUAAUAAUGCUUCAUCAUUUUCACAUGAAAAAAAUUAGAAACAUUAUAAGUAUUCUCAAAAUGUUAACUUAUUCAAGCUUUGAACUGGAAUUUUGACAUUAUGUGCAUGACUGACUUGUGGAUUAUCAAUAGGCUUAGUGAUUGAAAACACUACAUUGAAAAUGUGCACUGGUUUCUUAUUCUGUAAAUGUUGUAUAUAAUACUACCACAUUUAAGUAGCAGUAUAGCAUAUGUAAUUUAAAAUUUGUUUACAAAAUUUUAUUGCAAUCUGUACAUUAGAUGUAAAAUAAAAGGAUUACCUUGUAUAAAAAAUGAUACAGUAUUUGUGUAACAUGCUUAGUUUGUAGUACAGUACAGUGCUGGGUCGCCAUCUGGAGAAGACCUGGGCUGGAAGUACCGGCGAAUCUACAUGAGCACAGUGCCAUAUUUUCUGAUAUGUAAGACGCACCCCAAUUUUAAUAGGCAUAUUCUGGGAAAAAUUGGAAAAGUGCAGUACUUGCUUCAGAAUGACAGUGAUCUAGUGACUGGCUGUUUAUUUACACAGCAUAGCUGAAAGAAGUGACACCUUGCACAGCCUUUUGCCUGUUCUGCCGCCACCAACCACAAAAAACAAGCAUGGCUAUCUGUUGUUUACAGAUAGUUACACCAUUUGAUAUUCUUUGUUAUAAUUACCUAAUGACCCUGAUACUCUAGUUACUUACAACUGCUAAUUUAUAAAAGCUACCAAUCACUCUAAAGCAAUCUGGGAAAUACUUUUGUAAGGGACAACGUAGUUUAACAAAAGCCUACUCUCUUUUCCUGACCUUGAGCAUAUAAGGCACAGGGUGAUAUUCUGACUUUUUUUUUUGGGGGGGGGGGAGACAUGCCUUAUAUGCCAGAAAAUAUGGUGUAUCUUAAUAAUUUUCCCUAACCAUAAUAAAUAUUAACAUAGAGGGCUGCAGCCUCUCCACUAUUGUCAUUAAACUAAAAUUUUUAAAGGAGAGAUUAGUCAUGAGAAUGGAGAGGGAGGUAGGAUAUGAAAAAUCUUAUUUUACAGUAUUGUUCCAUCUCACUUACAUGCCUGCACAAAAUUAAAACUAAAGCAUAAUUUGUUUUGGUAGACUGGCACUUCUUUUGAUUAUUAUAAUAAUGUUUUGGUAGAUUUUCACUAACAUAAAAAUCUGUAUCUAUCUGUAUUUAUGUAAUAAAUAAUUGCAGGGUACUGUAUAUUAACUGUAUAUGGUAAGAGCCUCACAGCAUGACAACAUAUUAAUUAUCUUUUUUUUUAAGAUUUGCUGACAAGUGAUGUAUUAUUUGUUAUCGGUAUUCAAUAUUUCUCAGUAUUAUUUCCUGUCAUUUCUCAUUGUGAUCAUAUAUUUACUUCUAUCCAUAACAGGCAUCCCAUCUUUUCACAUACUGUUUCUGUUUUUUAGAGCUUACUUUUAACCCUUAAAGUGUCCAAACAGAUCUACGUUCACAUGCAUAGUGCUCCAAAAGUAGAUCUACGUUUUUUAACAUUUUCAAAUAUAACAACAAAAAUGUUCAUCAAAGUUUUUUUUACACGUUUUCAAAUGUAAAAAAAGAAAAAGAAGCCCUACAUUUUUUUACAUACUUUCAAAUGUUGAAAAAACGUAGAUCUACAUUUGGACAGUUUAAGGGUUAAAGAGGAACAUACUUGAUAUAUUUAAAGAAACUUAUAAUGUAAGUAGUUUAGUGCUAAGGAACCUCAUGUAUAAUUUUUAUCAUAAAUUUCAUAAAUGAUAUAUAUAAAUACAAAAUGUAAUUAU